GGAAACUACAUGCAACAGCCAGUGAGAGCAGGAGGCAUCAGCGUUUCCAGAAUCCAGACCCACCAUAGAAAGAAAAGAGACUUCUCUUCUAGCCAAGAUGAAAGAUACACAAGACAUUCAGGAAGCUCCAGAGGCAAUGCAGAAUAAAGUCGACAAGCAGGAAGAUAAGAUGGAGAAACAAGAGCAAAGAGAAGACAAACUUGGAGAUCCCCCAGUACAUUCUUCAGUACAUUUUCAAAAACGAAAGAUAACGGGUUCAGUUGCCACAACACUGUCAUUGUCAUCUUUAUUAUCCAGUGGAAUAACUCUUGGCUACAAUCUGUCUAGUCCUCGGAUUAGUGGAAUAACUAUAUCAACAACUGGACAAUUGGCUUCUAAAGCUACUGGAGGUAAUGGUUCCCAAGAGGAAGACAGCUUGGAUGCCUUCAUUGUUCCAAAGAAACAUGAUGAAUCAUCCAUAAUUGGGGAUGGAGAAGAUUAUUUUCUUUCUUUGUUUGGUGAUUCAAAAAAACGUAUAGCACACUCAAGCUACACUGAGAAAACUUUCAAAUACUUUUCUAUGAUUCUUGAAGAAGUUGGCCAAUUUACCUCCAGUUCUCUUGGAGAUGUUAAAAUAGCUGAAGUGAAUGUCAAGGGUUUGUUCAUAAAGCUCGUUAACUCUUCCCUUGACAAAGAAAUGGCAAUUGGAGAUCAUAUUCUCCGGCAAAAUGUGAAUGGACAAACAAUUUCUUUGUACCAAUUCCUUCCAAAUAUCAUAAUGCAGGCCAAUUCCACAGUAACCGUAUGGGCAGCAGCAUCUGAAGCAAAGCAUCAACCUCCAUCAGAUUUUCUUUGGAAAGAACAAGACAAGUUUAGAGCAAGUCCUGAUUGUAUAACAAUCCUGUGUGAACCGAAUGGCCAAGCUGUUGCCUGGUACACUCCUAUCCACUGGAAGCAAGCAUGGGAGAAAUUAGAGACUGACAUUGAAUAUAACAGAUGUUCAGUAGUAUCUUCAACAUUCCAAAGGCACAAGUUUCAGUGGACAGCAUCUACAACUACAAUAACUAAAGAAAAAGAAGAUCAACCUAAGAACGACAUUUCAAAUUAUCAGGUGGAACAAGCUGAAGUUUUUCUUAAGAGAGAGAAGGAAAUCCCACCAACCGUUUUCCCCAAUCGCAGCCCUUGGUGCCAGAAUCCCUAUGUCUCUGCACAUCCUUACUGUCCUCUGAUUGAACCACACAAUACAUGCAUCACUGGAGGCAGCUUGGGUAGACAGCCCAGGUCUCGGUCAACCAGACCUAAUCGAGCCCCAGGAACUAAGAAAAAGAAGACACCUGAGUCACAAAAGCAAUAGGCAGUCAACUCAACCUUUAAAGGACAAUAACAUCCAAGUCUAGAGAAAGUGAAGAUGCCUAGCAUGUUGCAACCAAACUUCAUCACAUAGGAGAGGAACCCAGAAGCAAGCAAGC